UGUUUGCCGCGCUUGGGGAGUGAGCGGACGUUGAGGACCUGCGUGUCCGAGACCCCGAAUGUUAGGGAGAGGUUGCCGACUGUGUCGCGGUGCAGAUUCAACAUAAGGGCUGCAAGGUGGGUGACAAGCGCGGAUCGGAACUCAUGGGUCCCGGGAGACAAACGUCCCUGAAACGGCGACCCCGAGUCGCACGGCUCCUGCAGGAACACUUCAGGUGUUAUCAACCUGGUCAGCGGUGAUGCGAGGGACCUUGAUUGGGAGAGGUUUCAGGCGGCGUUGCGGGUGGCUGGACGGACGCCUGAUGAUUCGCGCCACCCGACCACAUCCCCUGGGCGGCCAUGCAAGGAGCAAGCCACAGUACCAAAGGCCAGAAGACGCGCCGCUGCUGGGCAAGACGGUCCUGCCUAACGCGGAAAGGUUUGGCGGCUGCUCUGCAGAAGCCUGGCAAGCUGAGGUUUCAGUCUCAAGUCAAAUGCCUCCGGACUUAUGUGACGCUGAGGGUGGGCACCCACAAGCCAAGACGCAGGCACUUUCGGGCACCAUGUGUCGUGGCCCCCGCGGUAAGUCGCUCUGGGCCUGGCUCUCCAUCCGGAAACUUUAUCGCAAUCUUGAUUUCUCCCUUCGCUCCGCCCCCUCAGGUUGUUCCCCGCUCCUCUAUCUGUCGGCAAACUCAUCACAUCCGAGUGACCUCUCAGGCUCCAUCCAGUAAGCGUCUGCGGAAUAGAAGACGGGAGAGCAGGGAAAGGUUGGGAGUGGUGGGCGAGGAAGGAAGCGUGGUUGUUCCCCUACGCCGCUCCAUACCUAAGCCUAAUUAAUCAGUGAACAUGUAAUGGAAGUUCACUACUUCCUCCCCUGACAUUCCAUCGCAAUGGGAGGCCAGCUAUCUACAUCCAGCUUACCUACUCUUAAACAUGCAUUUCUUGGUCCCGAUGCUCCAGGCAUCACGCCUGAUU